CGCUCGUCGUUCACUGGCGAAACAAGCUUUGGAUUCGAAUCCCUCUUCCCCAAAUUCUCCGCGUCUGUCAAUCUAGAAAUCUGCGAACUACCAUGGAAACGUGCGACUUCGAUAGCUGGCAUCCAACCUUACCGGUGAAGUUCUCUCUUCUACAUUCUAUAUCCAUCUCGAGGGAUACUGGAGGAAUCAACACUGUGGGUAGUCUUAGUGGACCACAUAGCAGAGCUGUUAAUCUCUUUGACAUAGGUGUGGAUCACAUCAUUGAUAACUUUCCACGCUUCGUCUCCCAGUCGUUCAUCCUUAUUGAUUCGGAACCUCGUCGAAAAUCUUCUGCAGGCAUCUUUGAGGUCGGCAAAUGCUGCCAGGUAGGCAUCACCAGGUCUUCAUCAAGUUGAUGCUGUCUCUGAGCUGUGAAUCACGCGCAUGGUGUAGGAGGGAGAAGUAUAGGGGUCUAGCCAUGAAGGUAGAUUAAAUUUGGCCGGUAGGGUUUCUCCUCCACGCACACUUGGAUGUUUCUCCUCUACACUGCCCUUUUGCGCUGCCCGACUUGGCUUGUUCGGCACUCCAUUAUUAAGUUCUUGGUCUCUACCUUUUAUAGCGCAAUGCCACUUGCUAUUAUGCACGUAGGUAUUUUCCCAGGGCACAAGAGUCAUGAGACAGGAGAGUAGUUGUCUUUGAGAGGACAGAUAUAUUAUUAUGUCGUUUUGGUUGUUUAACUACUAGCAAAAGCUAUGUCGUAUUACUAGUUAUUUUACUGCUGUUAUUAUUCGUGUGCAUGAGUUGUGUUAAUCAGAUCAAUACAAGGUUAACAGUAGAUGAGAUUUAAAUGGGCUUCCAACUCUGGAAUGCAAGAGAAUAGUAGUGCCAGAGAAGCAAUUGCCGCAUGAAAGAGAUCAGUGAGUGCUACAGGAAAUAUAACGCCUGUCAUGUAGUUAACUGCAUUAACUCUUGAGUAGUGCUAGUGUUCCUUAGAUUAUUUGAUGAAUAAGGGCCCUGAUUCCUUACAGAACA